GGUGGUCAGUCGGGUUCGGGAGGGACAGACAGGAGAGACAGACAGGAGAGACAGACAGGACGCCGAUGGGCCGAUACAUUCAUCUCCAACUAAUCGAUUCACCUCCCGGUCGCAGCCGUUAACGAUGGACCCGCGGUACUUCCGGCGUAAUUUAACGCGGGAGAGUUUCGUUCACGGACUAUAAAGCUUUAAAAAAAAAAAGGCGUCGGGAGUUUGUCGCUAACUUUAGCGGAGGAAGACGAGGAGGAGCGGGAGGAAGUUCGGUCCGUUGGCGGAGGAAACAUGGAGGACUCCGGCUCGGCCCUGGAGAAGAAUGUGGCGGACCUCACCGUGAUGGACGUGUACGACAUCGCCGCGGUGGUGGGCCAGGAGUUCGAGCGGAUUAUCGAUCAGUACGGCUGCGAGGCUCUGUCCCGGCUCAUGCCCAAGGUGGUUCGGGUUCUGGAGAUCCUGGAGGUGAUGGUGAGCCGGAACAGCAUCAGUCCGGAGACCGAGGAGCUGCGGCUGGAGCUGGACAAGCUGCGGCUGGAGCGGAUAGACCGGCUGGAGAAGGAGAAGAAGCACAGAAAGGAGCUGGAGCUGGUGGAGGACGUCUGGAGAGGAGAAGCUCAGGACCUGCUCACCCAGAUCGCUCAGUUGCAGGAGGAGAACAAAAGCCUCCUGACCAACAUGUCCAUCAAAGACCCCAUGAGUGAGGAAGACCUGCAGAGGCAUGAAGGUAUGACGGAGAGAGAGAGGCAGGUGAUGAAGAAGCUCAAAGAAGUGGUGGACAAGCAGAGGGACGAGAUUCGAGCCAAGGACCGAGAGCUCACACUGAAGAGCGAGGACAUAGAAGCACUCCAGCAGCAGCAGUCUCGCCUUAUGAAAAUCAACCACGACCUGCGGCACAAGAUCUCCGUGGUGGAGGCGCAGGGGAAAGCGCUGAUCGAACAGAAGGUGGAACUGGAGGCCAGCGCUCAGGCGCGGGGGCAGGAAGUCACGGCCCUCCGGCAGGAAGUGACGCGCUUGAGGGAGCGACUUCAAGGUGACCUGCCCGCCCAGAACCCAGAGGAAGCCCCACCUCAGCCCCCCUCACCUGCAGAGCGUGGUAAAGCUGCUACAGUUGUGGUGGGGGCUGAGGGCUGGUCAGACACACCUGACCCCUCUGAGCUGAUGCUGGGUGGGUUUGACCCUCCCCCGCGGCCCCAGCCUGGUUCCCUCAGCCCAGAGGGACACGAGGAUGGGGAUGAGGAGGCUGAGGACGAGGCAGUGUUGCUCUGGGAGGCGAUGUGCGAUGAGGACAUGCCUGCUGUGUUCCAAUAUUUUACCAAGGAGGCGUUGUGCGAGGAGGAGGCGGGAGGCCUGGACCUAAAGGACCCCAACCGGCCCCGGUUCACCCUGCAGGAGCUGAGGGACGUCCUCCACGAGAGGAACGAGCUCAAGGCCAAAGUCUUCCUGCUGCAGGAGGAGCUGGCGUACUACAAAAGUGAUGAGACAGAAGACGAGAUUACUCCCAGUCCUUCUCCCUCGCCUGAACUGAGGUCUCGCUCCCGUUCUUCUGCUCAGCCGGAGUCAGGAAUCAAACGCCUGUUUAGUUUCUUCUCGCGCGACAAGCAGCGGGGCUCGCAGAGGAGCGCGCAGUUCGACGACGGCCUCGGCUCGUGGGCGGGGAAGGACGACGUGUACACGGAACAAGCACAGGAGGCGCUACAGCACAUGUAGUCAUUGGAGAGGGACUUGUCAAAACUCCCCAAAAAAAACUCUGUAACACUCCCCACGUCCAUCACUCGAGGCCGGCUUGUGAAGCGCUGGACUGCGCCACCAAAACCACCACUAGUGAGUCACGCUGCAGCUCAAACAUCGUGUGCUUGAAGGUGAGAAGAGCCGAACCGAGAAAGAGGAGUGAACGGAUCAACCUUGAAGUGAGGCGCCAGCUUUUAGGUUAAGAUAAUAAGUUUAUUUAAAACAGCUGAGAAUCCUACAGUGUAUCUCAGAGAGUGAUGGCACAUACAGACUGAAAAUAUUUGGUGCCUGAGUUUUUUUUUUUUUAUGGAAUCUGUAGAGGAGAGGGUGAACUCCAAGUUGAAGGAUGGAAAGUGGAAAGUUGAUGCAAAACCAAGUGGAUAACGGUAUGUUGGACCAGAGUGGGUGAAAAGUACGACACCAGACGAAGGCUCGGGACGCAAACGUGUGCAAACUGUGUACAACAUGAUAAAAGAUGAAGGUUUUAUCGUACGAUUCCCCUUAGAAACAAAACGCAAAUGUCCCAUCACCAGCACUGUGCAAACACUACACAGCUCUAUGAGAUCUAAAGAGUACGAGGCUCGGGUAUGAAAUGAUGCCUAGAAGCACAAGUUUAAAAGCUGUGCCAGAGAUAAAAUAUAAUAAUGCAAUAUGAAGAGUGUAUGGAAGCUUAUUUCUGCCAAGAUAAGAAAAAUAAUUAAUAAAGGGAGAGAUUUAAUAAAAAAUAAAAUCCUCACUUUAAGCCAAAAUGAUGAAAUACUGAGUCAAACUUUAGAUUUUAUUGUAUAUAAUAGUAAUUCAAAUAUUUAAUUUUAAUUUUCACUUAGUAAGUGUGAAUAAUUUUAACUUAUUAACACAUGAUCUUUACUUAUCAAGUCAAAAUUAUGAGAAAAUAUGUAGAUUUUUAAUAAUAAUAGGUUUAGGCUAACUCAUAGUUUUGAUUUAAUAUCUCAUAAUUUUGUAUGUUUUUAAUUUAUCAUGCAGAAAUGGGUUUCCAUAAGUAAGUGAACACUAAUACAUGCAGUAUUUGAACUCUGAACAGUGCCAAAGCCGCCACUGCACAUCAUAGAUAAAAUAAUAAAACAACAACAGCAAUUUCAGUAUCACCAGCUGAUCCAAAGCAAUAAAAUAAAUAUGAUAUAUUAACAGUUGACCUGCUGCAGUUUAUUAAAAGAAAGCUUGAUUGUAUCUAUUUUAUUAACUCCAGAAACCAGCUCCAGCUUUUUAAAUACAGCUGAAACACUUUGAUUUUAUUUGAUUUAACCCUUUAAGAUCAUGUUUAAAGGAUAAAUCUGUUGAUAUUCUGUACAGCGCUGACACAAUAUCAGAUUUUAACAACACGAUUAUCCAUCAUGGCCAUUUGAAUUCUGUGUUUUGUCUCUUUCUUUUUUUUAGAAAAUUACUGGAUUAUUCACACAGUAUCAGUAUUUCACUUUUAAAUAUCACAAUUUUCAUCAAUAUCUUGCGACACAUCUAAUUCCAAUAUAAUUUUAAUAAUGUCAACAAAUCCUGAUAGAUCUUAGUAGAGCUCCAACACACACACACACACACUGUAGUUUAUUUAUACACCGUCCUGCUGCCCCAGAUACUCACUCGAGCGACAAAUGUGGAUUAAUCCGCCGCUGAAAAUAGUCCCACAACAAAUGCACAAUUUCCUCCUGGUGGGGGGGGGGUGGUUCACAGACGGGGUGCAUUUAUUGAUUCGUUGACAAUAAAUAAAAUGUAGAAUAAGUAAGUAAAGCUUUAUUUAUAUAGCACCUUUCUGACCCAGAGAUCCAAAGUGCUUUACAAACAACAAAUAAACAUACAAACGUAGGGAGCAUGUAAACACAAACGAAGGAAGAUAAAACAAGAGGGAAAGAAUAAAUGAGAAGACGACAGAUGAGGAAACAAACAAGGAGAUCUAUAAAAAGGCCUGUAGGUUUUGAAUAACAAUAAAUAAGCUUUUAUUUAUUUAUUAUUUCUGGGGAAUACACCGAGGGGUGAACCAUCGUUUAGAUUACAUUAGGCAACAAACACACAGAUAUACAACUUAAACAUUAUAAAAAAUAAAGGACACAAACAUCAACAUUAGUUAAAAAAAACUGAUUCCUAAUUAAAACAGUAAGUUCUGAUUAUCAGGGAAUCCAUAUUUGAAGUUUAUUCCAGUAACCUUUUAGUAAUUAUUAGGUGUGAAGAUAAAGUCUUCAUAGCAGAUAUCCACACGUAAACACAGGUCUGUUAAAUAAAGUGUGUGCACGCUGACUUGUGCUUUUACGCAUCAUUUUAUAAAAGGCCUCAAAUCUUCUUCGUCACACUGCACAGAAGAAGAAAAGACGACGAAUCCCGAAGCUGCUGAGGAAGUUUUAAACUCCAGUCUGGUUUCUAGAACGGUGAAAAACAAAGUGAAUAAAGUGUCGAGUGCGGUUUACAUGAAAAAAAAACAAAAAACACCACUUUAAACCAAUUUAAAAAAUGCUAAUUGGUCGUCGCUGCUUCUGCUUCUUCAGCUUGAACUUCGUGCUUAACACCGACUGACGUCUUCACCCCUGAGAGGGAGAGACCGGGUGUGUUUUCUAACAGUAGUGCCACUUUAUCUUCAUUUAUACUCGACCUCCUCCUCCUCCUCCUCCUCCUCCUCCCCCCAGGCGAGGUGGAAUAAAUGAAUGUAUAAACGAGGGGCUGUAAUGAGUGCGUGUCAACGAGUGUUAACAGCGGCGACUCCUGUUUUACAUAUUCAUAUAAUGGUAUUUAUUGCAGACGAGUUUCUAGAACUGCGUCCGGAAGUCGAGGGGAUCCAGAUGUUUUAGGCGUGAAAAUACGGAGACAUUUAAUAAAAAAAAUUUAAAAAAAAGGGAAAUUUUAGUCAAACGCUCCAGUGCUUCCUCAUUAUUGAAUUCAGUGUUGAUCACCAUCUCUCAUGUGUUUCCCCCUCAUUAAAAUGGAUAUUUAAAAAGAUCAGUGCUUUAUUAAAUGAGCUGUCUCCUCAGUAAUAAAAACUCUGUAAUGUU